AUGCGUAAUAAAGAUCUAAAGUUAAGACCAGGAAAUGACGUAAUCCAUAAAUUAACGAAAGAAAACACCUCAUCCCUUUAUGUAUCCAUCACUCUCCUGAAUGGUACAACGCUCUAUGAAAUGUACGACCGAUUCUCUGUGUCCGACGAAGCAGGGAAAUAUCAACUCUUUCUUGCAGGACCUGCUACGGGGACUUUAGGAGACAGUAUGUUGGACACUGGUUUUUCUUACAGAGAUCUGUCUGGGAUGUACUUCAGUACCCCAGACAGGGACAAUGACAGGUUUAGUGAUGGUCACUGUGCUGCUUACAGUGACCGUAGAGGAGGCUGGUGGUUCAACGCCUGUACCUACUCCAACCUUAACGGUCCCUGGUCCCCGGGGUCCUGGUCCUUUCCAUGGAAUCCCACAACGAAUGAUCAUCCAUGGAUUACGGAAACCCCCAAGAGACGAUUUUAA